AUGGCAUUUGACCCAAUUUCCCGUGAGAUGUGGAUGCCAGAAUCCUUACUUCCCUAUUCAUACCUUUUUAUUAAAAAUGUAUUUUUGGAUUUAGAAAAAUAUCGUAUAGAAAAAUAGGGGCAAAAUGCAAUUAUAUCAAAGCACCAAAAAAUAUUCCAAAGCCUUUUAUGUUCAAAUAAAUAUAUGGAAAUAAAAUUUAAAGUAAAUUUUGCUUAUUAUUAAAUAGAAGAGCUAGUCAAAGAAUGUAUAAACUGCAAAAAAACGUUUUCAGCUUUUACCCGAAGACACCACUGUAAAUAUUGCGGUGGUGUAUAUUGUUCAACCUGCACUAAAAAUAAAUUUCAAACUGAAAGUGGUGUAUGAGUAGACCGAGUUUGCAAUAAAUGCUACUCCUACUUAUCGAAGCCUCUCCUAAAUCAUCAUAAUACAAUGUACGACUCAAAGCAUCUCUAUAAUCCUAACCUCCUUAUUCCACCAGAAGACCUAGACCACUUCAAAAGAGCACUCUCUGAUGGAGGUGAAUCAGUCAGAAGCACAGAAGAAAUAAGCCGAGAAUACAAGGUCAGAGAACUCUUUGAAGAGUUGCAAUACGAAAGUGAGGACGAAAAAUUAUUUGAAAUCGAGAAAUUCAUGAAAAAUAGGGUUUUUGAAGUUUUAAAAGAGCACAACGUAAACGAAAGCUGGGCUGAAAUCGUAUAUCCUCUUACAAAAGACGCUGUUUACAAGGUGUGCUCCUCAACGCAAUUUCGAAACGACAACAUGGAUUUGAAUUCUUAUAUUGGAAUCAAAAAGAUAGAAUACAAGGAUAGAUCAUUCUGCACAUUUGUUCAUGGGGUUGUAUUUCAAGGCACUUCUUAUUGUGAUUCUAUUGAGAUGCCAGUGAUAAACCCUGUUGUUCUGCUUUUAGAAGGAAAUGCUACUAUCCAUAUAGGUGAGAGAAAGUCUGUAAGGAUUGAAAACUUAAUUGAAGAAGAAUCAGAAAUAAUGAAAAUAUUUUUGGGGAAAAUAAAAAGCAUGAAUGUUUCUUUAGUUGUCACAGAAGGAAAUUUCCCUCAAGAACUGGUUGAAGAGCUUUCGUGCGUCAGAAUUGGAGUGAUUUCUAAUGUUAAGCCUAAAAUUUUGGAGAGAAUUGCGAGAGGAACUGAAGGCUGCAUUAUUAGGUCUAUAUACUGCGCAUCUACUUCUACAGAAAGUCUUGGAAGGUGCCUGGAAUAUGAUGAAGUAAGCUAUGGAUCUUCAAAUUUUUCCAUUUUAAAAGAUACAGCAAAUAAUACUUUAUCAGGGAAUAUUGUAAUUUCAGGACCUGACCAAGCUGAGAAUAAGAAAGUCGCUAUGUCAAUAAGAAGACUGAUUAUAGAGUAUAGAAAUGCACUUAUAGAAAGAAGAACUUUCAGCUUAUUCAGGAUAAAACCAUGCCUGGCCAUUUUUGAAAAUACAGUAGCUUUAAGCUCGUAUUUUAGAAGCUACAUUACUUGUGCAAAUAAAAUUUGUGUGAAAGCAAACACCCAGAAAAUCCCGCUUUACAGCAAAGAAGAUACCACCCUUGGCAAUUUUCUAUUGAGUUAUGCAUCCUGUGGAAAAGGGCAAUGUGCUGAUGAUGAGUGCAAAACUGUUCUAGGUGGCCACAAAUUCAACUAUUUGAAAAACAAUGGGAUGGUUAUAGUUUCUCUGUCCAUGUCUAAGAAGACAGGAUCUCAAGAUAUUUUACUAGUAAGAGAGUGCACCAAUUGUAAAGAAGUUGAUCAGCCCCCAAUCCAGUUAACUAAGGCUAUCUGGGAAUACUCUUCAAAUAAAUUCCUAUUAAACUUUUUUGCUCCAAAAGAUGUAUAUAUGGAUUUCCCCUAGAUAGUCCUGCAAGGGCUGUGGGGUUUUGUGCUGAAUCCUUUGAUUGGUGGAACCAACAAGUGAGUUUGUUCAGACCAACUGAAAGAUUCCGCUCAGAAUCCGCCGCCCUUAAAGAGCUAUCUAGGGGAAAUCUCUAUAUUUAUUUCAGCUAAAUGCGGCCAUGAAUAUUUCAAAGAGUCAAGGUUUGUUUUCCAUGUGAAAGGAAUAAAAGUCCAAAUGAAAUUUGAGAACAACUUUACUUAUGAAGUCAUGAACAUUAAUAAUACUCUAGAUGACAGCUUGUACAAGACUUUAAAAGAAAAACUAUUUGUAGACUUCAGAGAUUCAAGCCAAAUUGUGCUUGAUGGAUUAUUUAGAAUUAUCAAAGAACUUUUAGUGAGACUCACACUUGAGAUGACUGAAGAAGAUGAAAAAUUGCCUAAUGAAGAAAGCUGGGAAGCGCUCAAAACAGAUAUAAAAUCGCUUGAUGAAGAAAUCGCUCAUGAGCUAGAUGAGCAUUCUAAUCUUAGCGUUUCAAGCUUUCAAAACCACUUACAAGUAGAAACCUAUAGAAGAACGCUUUUUAUCAAAUGCUGCAAAAUCAAGAUGAACCUUGAGACUUUGAAGCAGAGGCUAAAACUCUUGAUUUUGGCUCCAGAAUCAAAUCUCUCAGUGAUGUCAAAAACUUCGGAUACAAGAAGAACCAAAAUAAGAAAUCAAAUGUACUCGACCUCAUUCCUUACUUUUGAUGAGCAAGAAUCAGACGCAGAAUUUUCAAAUCUUCCUUCUGAUUAUACAUCAACGAACGAUGAGCUUCUAAUUACUCCUCAAUGAAACUACCUCCAAGGCGGGAACUUAACAUUGCCUACAAGUCUCGAAAAUUUAUGCAUACCUGUAUAUGAACAAGACCAUCUAUCAAUAAUUUCAUAUAUCCUUAAUUCAACUCAGUAUUACCAAGAAGUGGUUUCUCCAAUUAUGGCUCAAAAUGAAAAUAUCAAUGAGCAUAUAGAAAGCUUGCUAUUAAGUGGGGAGAAUUUUCAUUUUAAAAAAACAUUUCAGAAUUUUGAAGGAGCAGAGCCAACUGAGUUUGCUGGCAAGGAAAAUUUAAAAAGAAUUUAUGGGGAUGAGACGAGCUUUAAAGUGACAGUUUAUUUUGCUAAUUCUCCUAUCAUUAAUCUAACGAUUCCAUAAAAAAUAUUAAAACAGAGGAAAAUUAACCUUUAUGGAGAAGAAGAACGAAGCAACCCUCCCAGUAAAGUAAAAUCGCUUCUAAACAAUCCUAAUUCGAUUUUUAAUAUAUUUUCUAAUAUAUUGCAUACUCUAUCUCUUAUCUCUGGUGCACAAAACAUUUUAUACUUGAUAUAAUAAUAAUUUUUAAUCUCUAUCUAAAUUGAGCGAUAGGAGGCUACUCAAUAAGGAUAGGGGAGCAAGCAGUUCCAUUCUAUUAGAAUGGUGGCAUGUGGAACAGAUGAACAAUUUUUAUUGUCCAUUUCUAAUUCAAAAAAAAUUAAUGGACAGCUAGGAAAAAGCCAGGCCACUUUUAGUUUGUCGCAUGACUGUAGAUUUAUUCUGAAAAUUAUUGAUAAAAAUGAAUUUUCGAUGUUUUCAGGAAUCGCGCAAAAUUAUUUUCAGCACCUCUGCAAAAAUUUUUAUCACCUGAUGCCUUCAAAGCUAGUUAAAACAGUUGGAGCAUUCAAAAUCCAGCACAAAAAUCAUCAUAUAGGAGAAAACACCAAGGUUUGGGCAUUGCUUUUUGAAAACUUAGGCUAUGGUAUGCCUGAAAAAUCUUUAACCUAUGAUUUAAAAGGGACUAGUAAUAAGCGAAGAUACGUAAAACAAGGUGAAACGCGCACAAAAAUGGACCUUAACUACUUAGAAGAUUUCAGAUGCAAACCUAUUACCAUUUCUCAAGAAAUGAAGAAGUAUUUUGACGUAGCAAUAUGAAAUGAUACACUAUUCUUAUCAAAGCAAAACAUCGUUGACUAUUCAUUGCUGGUCAUAAUUAACCCUGAAUUCAAAAAAGUUGCAAUUGGGAUCAUCGAUUACUUCGAACAGUACACAUUCGAGAGAGCCGUCGAAAGCAAAUAUAAAAAAGUUGUAGGGACAGGGAUGCCAACGAUAACUCACCCAAAAAUUUACAAGAAGAGAUUUAGGGCGACUUUAAUCCAAAGGUACUUUAUAUCUUUUGAUGAAUAA